CCGCCGCGCCGCACAUGCUCCCCCGCCUCGCGCGCGCGCGCCGCCGCGUGCUCCUACCCACACCUCGCGCCCUCUCCACCACCACCACCACCACCGUCGCCGUGCCGGCGCCGCUCUCCGCCGCGGAGCUCGAGGCGCUGCUCCGCCGCGACCACUACUCCGCCUCCACCCGCCGCUUCCACUCCCUCCGCCCGCUCCGCUCCCACCCCUCCCUCCCCCUCUCCGACCAGCCCCCUCCUCUCCCCACCACCACCACCGCCACCGCCGCCGCGCCGCCCUCCCCCUCCUUCCACCUCCGCCUCAUCCUCCCAUCCCGCCUCAAGGGCCGCCCGCUCCCGCUCCCGUCCCUCCCGCUCCGCCUCGCCAUGCUCUCCGCGGCCUCCGCCCUCGACGCCGUCUUCGCCCCGCGCGCCGCCACCUUCGCCUACCGCGCCCGCCACGCCGCCAUCCGCUACCUCCGCAGCAUCGCCAACGCCACCUGGUUCUUCCGCGUCGCCAUCCCGCGCCAGCCCUUCGCGCCCCGCCACGUCCGUCGCCUUCUCGACGCCAUCUCGGGCAAGGUCGACGACCCCGGGUUCAUGGACUAUCUGCGCGAGCUGUUCCUCUCCGAUGCGGUAGCCUUCGAGCUCGGUGGCUCAGAGCUCUGCCGCGGCCUCCCGCAGGAGUCGGAGCUCACCAGCACGCUGCUGAACAUAUUCUUUGAUCCUGUGGAUAGAGAGGUGAUGGCCAUCCGGGAGGAGGUGCACAAGAAGAAUCCCAGAGUUAAGGAUGACAGCGUUCGGCAUACGCCUGUGAGGGUGUAUGCCGUCCGGUAUCUCGACGAGACGAUGGUUGUGACCUCCGGGUCGAAGAUGCUCACACUUGAGGUUAGAGAUAGGAUCCUCUCAGUGUUGGAGAGGGGUUUGGAGGUGAAGGUUGACAGGUUUGGUAGCUCAGUUCACAGUGCAGUGUCAGAGAAGAUGGAAUUCCUGGGGAUGGAGUUUCAGGCCGUGCCGCCGUCAGUCUUACACCCUCCCAUGUCUGAGAAGGCGAAGAGGGCAAGGAAGAUGUAUCUGAAGAGGAAGGCAGCAGAGGCACAGGAGCUGAAGAAUGCUCGGGAGACACGGAGGAAGAAGCUUGGGUUGAAGAUACUGAACCACUUGUUCAAGAAGGUGAGGCGUGGGCAUGAGUUUGAGUUUGCCUUCCGAAUUGAGGAUGAAGUGCGGCAGGAGUUCAAGGGCUGGGCAGAGGAGACAGUGGUCGAAUACUUCAAGUCGCAGGAGCAUCGCCGUCAUUGGCACCGAUUGUUCACAUCUGGCGACUUCUUGUCACUGAAUAGGGUGAGGGAUCAGUUGCCAACAGCAUUGGUUGACUCGUAUGAUCACUUACAGGAAACACUGGACAAGUUCUUGAUGCCGAGGAGGGGCCACGACAUCACCGAGGAUGAGGAGAUGCUAGCAGAGGAGGAGGAUGAGAGACAAUACGAGAAGAGGAUUGUUGAGGACUUGACAGAGUUGAAGAUGAGGGUCAAUGCGCCAAUAGAGCUUGUAAGAAAGGCAGUAAAGCUGGCGGGGUUCACAAAUUCCAUGGGACGGCCACGGCCAAUAAAGCUACUUAUCUGUCUGGAUGAUGCAGAUAUCAUCAAAUGGUAUGCUGGUGUGGGGAGGAGGUGGCUAGAUUUCUUUUGCUGCUGUCGGAACUUCAAGAUGAUCAAGAUUGUUGUGAGUUAUCACUUGAGGUUCUCUUGCUUCUUGACAUUGGCGGAGAAGCAUGAGUGCACCAAGAGGCAAGCAAUUAGCCAUUAUACAAAGGAUUUGAAGGUGACAAAUGAAAAUGGAGUGCCUGAAGUGUACUUUCCAACAGAGAAGGAGAUCAAGAUGAUGGGUGAUAAGAAUCUCUCUGAUCCAAAGCCUGUGGAUGGAGCCUUGACAAUGAUCUUGGUCAGGUUGGCGGUCGAUGACACCUCCCUCCCAUGCCUGGCUCAUUUUUGUGCUGGAACAGACACUGCCCUUUACCGGAUACGUCUUUUGCAGAAUCGCCUAAAUGUCGAUCCUUUGAAUGAAAAGAAGUGGGUCCAAGGACUAAGUGCCAUUCAUGAGAGUCUGAACAAGAAAUGCCUCCCACUGUGCUCCAUACAUGCAAGCGAUCUACUUCUUGGCAAGAUUACUCUCCGAGAUAUUGAUUGUACUCAGUUUGUUGAUGUGGUGUGAAAAGAAAAAACAACUUGCAUGAUACCUCGUUCGAAACACAAAGCUCACAUAAAGAUGCAAUACUGCAGUGCUUGCCAAGUGUAUUUAGUGCUGAUUGCAUUUGGCACUGUACAUAUCCUGGAUAUCCAUCCUGUCAGUGGGUAGAGCAAAUACUGAUUAGUUUUUUUUACAGAGGAAUGAUGUGGUAUGCUAGUUUUACCAUUGAAUGUGCACACUAACUUCAUAUCAGUUUUACUCAGCUAUUUCCCCCUGUUCCUCCCGCCUACACCCUCCGCUUCUUGCAUGUCUACUUUCUGUAACAAAAUUGGUUCAGGUAGGCUGUUUUAGGCCCUCUGCUUGCCGCGUGUCCACUUUCUGCAACAAAUUGAUUUUGGUAGACUGGUUUACACGUAGCAUAGUUUCCUUACAUGGUGUAACUGUAGGGAUGUCUUCUGCAGUCAUCUAAAUAUCAUUGCUUCAGCCUGCUGACUGCAGGGUUUGUCUGCUUGAUUCAUUUCUGAAAUUCUGAAUACCAUUAGCUUGAGUAUGGUGUACAGGUAGUUCUUUAGCAAGAGGUUCUUAUUGCUAUUAGAUCAAUGUUAUGUCAAUAUUCAAUCAGAGCAAUAUUUUAUGUUUAUUUGCUUUUUCCAUCUAUGAAUGCAUAAGUGCUUCCUUUUGCCUUUCAAUACUCCACAUGGGCUUCAGACGGUAAGCAAAGUUGAUCAGGUGCAUCUAGAUCGGGCCAUUGACCCCCUUUGAAUUGUAUGUUCUGUGAGAAAGUUGACAUACCAGCUUCCUCUGGUACAGCAUAACUUUAUUGUUGCUUGUUGAUCUCUUCUCUUGUCAAAUGUUCUAGUGUGUAUCCUUCAUUUGCAAGAAUACCAGGUGUCAGCUAUGAUUUUGAACACCAUCGGAGGGAUAGACCCAGGAACAAAUGAACCACACAAAUUGCACAAAGAAUUUCACUAGAAUCGCCAGUUACAUAUUCUAGACAAGUUGGUGGCUGGCCCAUUGGUAUCUGUGUGCUAUAUUUGGUAGGCUUUGACAUGAACUUUUGGAUUUGCUGUAUUCCGGAUGCAUCAUCAUCAUCAUGAAGGUGCACACAGAUACAUAUAUGUUGUUACCCUUAGCCUUUCAGGAGGCUUUAAGAAUAUGAAAUUUGGUCGACUAGAUCAAUGUUUCGGCAAGUUGAAA